AUGAUCUUACGUCCUUUAAUAAUCUUAUUCGCCAUUCUUUGGCGAGUAAACGGUAUUCGUCAGUGUCGUCAAGCGAAUGGAUGUGGUCAUGAACGUGGUUUUAAAUUCGAUUCAAUUUUAAGAAAACUCAACAUGGAUUUUACUAUACCUUGCUGUAAUGAACAUGAUAUUUGUUACGAUAGAUGUAACCAAACUCAGAUCAUAUGUGAUAAUGAUUAUCGAUUAUGUGUUCAACAAGCUUGUAAUAAACCAGUCAAAACUCGAUUUCGUUCACUUUUUUGUGAACUCUAUGCUGAUCUUUUGUUUUACAUAGUUGGCUUUGCUGGAACAGGUGCUUUUGAUAGAGCACAGCGAAAACAUUGUCUAGGAAACUGA